AUGGAAAUAAACAAUGAUAGAUUUAAUGAUGAACAAUUUGCCGUCGGAGAAUGCGGCUGGUUUCAACGUCAGAAGCUUGCAUGGUGGUUCCGGUUGGCAAUUUGGAUUAUAAAGUUGGGCCCUAUCCCUCGUCAUGUUGCAUUUAUUAUGGAUGGUAAUCGAAGGUAUGCUCGCGCGCAUAAUUGUUCUGAUGUAUUGGAUUGGUGUGAUUAUGUGGGCAUUCAAGAAGUCACUCUCUAUGCAUUUAGUAUAGAAAACUUUAAACGAUCAGAAUCAGAGGUUAAAGGACUUAUGGAGCUGGCAGAAAUCAAAUUCACUAGACUUUUGGAUUUGCUUAAAAAAAGUGAGGAAUCUGCAAGCCAUAAAGUUUGCAUCCGUUUCUUUGGAGAUCUUCAGUUGCUGCCUGAGAAAAUACGCUCACUGAUCACGCAAAUUGAGGCAAUUACAAGGAACAAAGGAAGCACUUUUCUAAAUAUAUGUUUGGCAUAUACUUCAAGUAAUGAGCUUUUUCGGGCGGUGGAAGGAGCAAAACAAAAAAUACAGUGUGAUCAGCACGAUAAAACUAGUGAGUAUGGUUGUAUUGUUGAUGAAUGUAUGGACACAUAUAAAUGUCUUCCACUUGAUAUGGUAGUCAGGACUAGUGAGAGACGAUUAAGCGACUUCAUGCUUACGAGAUUACGCGAAUUUACAUAUCUACACUUUGAGGAAAACGUUUUAUGGCCAGAAUUUUCACUUUGGCAUUUGCUGAAAUCAAUAAUUGCCUUUCAAAUAAGCAGGUUUGAAUUAAUAAAGAUGAGAGCCAACAUUUCACCAAACAAGAAUCGAUUUUACAAAUUUUAUGAAUUGUUUAAACUUGCAAAUUGUGAUUAA